UAAAUUGGUCCAAGGGAGAUAACUCUAUUGAACAGGUCAAGGUUGCCCUCAGUUUCCUUGCCUGUACGGAAAUUGAAACAGCGCGCUCAGAGAAUCUGCCAUGAUGUCUGCGUUGGCUGGGAGACUGCUGGCUGGUCACUCCAGGGUACUGUCCUGUCUCCUCCCUGUCACUGGUCAGGGCACCUGCUAUCACUGGUCAAGCAGCCAGGGAUAUACCGACUCGCAACAAGGACAAACUGAACACUGGAAACAUCUUGAUAAGAAACAGCAAAUUCCAACCUACAGAAAUGUUCACACAACUAGUAACUCUCACAUAUCAAGGCAUCUCGAACAUGUAAAACAUCCAUUAAGACAAAUUACUUAUCAAGAUGUGAAGAACAGUUUACCAGCGGGGCAUGGAUCAGAUAUACAUCUAGCCAAGUUUCGGUCACCAGCGCUGGGACAAGAGACAUCAACAUCCCCUCCAUCACGCUCGUUUCAUUCACUGCUCCGCCCACAGUCUGUGUUCCAGCCUCAUCCACUCCUGAAUACACGUCAUGGAUUGGUCAAUACAAGACGUCCAAUCAGCUUCACCACUUCCAUCCUCGAGUCCUCGCCACAGUCAGUCCAACCUUACCUGAGACUCAUCCGCUUCGAUAAACCCAUAGGGACGUACCUGCUAUUCUGGCCGUGCACAUGGAGCAUUGCUAUGGCUGCUGACCCCGGUUUUCUCCCUGACCCCUACUUCCUGGCAAUGUUCGGUGCAGGGGCCUUUCUCAUGAGGGGUGCUGGCUGCAUCAUCAACGACAUGUGGGACAAAGACUUCGACAAGAUGGUUGAAAGAACAAAGGCCCGCCCUUUGGCAUCAGGGGAGCUAAGCUCGUUCCAGGCGUUGGCAUUACUUGGAACUCAGCUUGGCCUUGCCCUUGGUAUACUGCUACAGUUUAAUACAUACAGCAUCCUUCUUGGGGCGGCGUCCAUGGGUCUGGUCAUCACCUACCCACUGGCCAAGCGCUACACCUACUGGCCACAGCUGAUGCUAGGUUUCACGUUCAACUACGGAGUGCUGCUUGGGUGGUCAGCAGUGAAGGGCUAUACCGAUUGGUCGGUUUUAUUGCCCAUGUACGCGGGCGGUAUAGCAUGGACACUAAUAUAUGACACCAUCUAUGCUCACCAAGACAAGUAUGAUGAUAUGUUGAUCGGCGUAAAGUCGACGGCCCUGAAGUUGGGGGAUCAGACCAAGCCCUGGCUGGCAGGCUUCUCCAGUCUGAUGAUCAGUGGCUUGUGUAUGUCCGGCUACCUGUGUGACCAGACCUGGCCCUUCUAUGUGGGCGUGGCAGCAACCACAGCUCAUCUCACUCACCAGAUGUACACAGUGGAUCUCAACAACCCCGACGACUGCGCCGCCAAGUUCCGCUCUAACACCCAGAUUGGCAUCAUCAUGUUCCUGGCCAUCAUGUGUGGCACGCUGCUCAGAGAAGACAUGGCUAAACACGACAAGACCGACAUUAGCCCUCAAACAACACAGUGACAUUCCGCUGGGAGCCAUGUCACUAUGUUUUGUGUUCCUUGUUGAUGUACAUUAAUUACAUUAACAAUAUAAGACGGGAUGUAAAGAUUUAUUCCAAGGUCCUCCAUUUCUUAUUGAAGACUUCUUGAUGUUGAUGGACCAUGCUCCCAACACAACCAAAAAGCAAAGGUGUCCUGCUCUUCGACACACUUGUCAAAUGUCACCUACAUUUUUAUUCCUCAUUUCCAUAGCAACAACUUUGACUCUGUUCCCAUAUAUGUGUUCAAUUGGACGAUAUCUCCAAAAGUUCAAAGUAUUCUUUCAUGAAACUUUGUACAUUCAAUAUAUCCACAAUGCCAUUUAGAAAGUGAUCAAAUGUAACAGAGUCUAGUACUUUUUAGGUGCCUGACUCUGAGGGUGUGGGUUCGAAUCCCGGAUGGGACUCAACCCCAAAAGUACUAGAAUCUGUACUUUACUAAGAAAGUGUAAUCCCAAAUAUAACAUACGUUACAGGAAUAUUUUGGUCAAUAUUAUUUUAUUUCCCUCUGCUCUGGUGAUGUACACUGUGUGGACAGCCAGAUGCUACUGUACAGUGAUAAAUAGUCGCCACUACAUGGUGGCCCAAGUCAUUUGUACAUAUUUACAUACAGACAGCCUCAACAAAUGAUUCAUGAAACAACUGUGUCAACGUUACAUUGACAGAAACGAAUGGUGUUGGCAGUAUAUUUCAACUUCUAUAUGCUUCCUGUGGGACAUUUACAUACAGGAGCCUGUAGCUUCAUGAAGCAAGUACAAGCAAUUGUACCAAGAUGUGGCAUUAAAAGAAAACACAAUUUUGAUACAUUAAUUCUGUCUCCACUGAUUCUACAGUUUAAAAAUACCACAAUGUUGACAAAGACGUUGGUAAAUCCUGUAAUGGAACUGUGAUGUCAAUGUUCUGGACAUAUCUCAGCCAGCCUCAUAAUGUACAUGACAAUAAUGAGGGUUGCUCCCCACACUUGCAACAAUUACACCAAUGAAAAGGAACAACCUGGUAAUUCAAAAUUUGAAAAUUGACAUUGAGUAUAUCAUAACAAUUUCCAUGUUAACACCCUCCAUAUGCCAGGAUGGUCCUGUGCCACAGGGAGAGCACAAUUACAGCAUCUCCAUACCUUCUCACACACCUGUAGAAAGGACAAUGGCCCCUGAUUAAGUUAUCACCUGUCAUAGACCUACAUCCUGACUAUUACCCCACACUAUGAUCCCCACAACGCCCCUAUCUGAUGGUGUGCAGGACGGUGUCACGACCCGGUCACAUGCUGCAGACCUCGCUGUAACAAGUCCACCAUUACGGGGUAGAUGGGGGCGUACUCCUUACUCUGUCUCUGUCGGACAAGCUUGGUGUAGGCUUCCAAUGCUCCCCUGGAAAGUAAAGUAAACACAUAUAUCUCAAGUCAAUAAAAGUGUUGAACACCCA